AUGCACAUUUUAACAUAUGUUUUUUAGCUUGUCAAUACGGCAGUAUCUUAUUUCACAGUAAUCUAUUCUACGCGAUAACAAAUGAAAAAUAAAGCUUUAUUACGAAGCUUUGUUUUAGCAAGUUGACACAAUUGUCUUAUAUGAAUGCGUUGUACAUUUCUUGAAUAUAAUGCAGGAAUAUCUUACGUGCAAUGAUAAUUACAUCAUUAAUGCGUAAUUUAUUUUCCUCUUACAUGUGUGUAAUAACAUAGGGGCGACCGGGGCGAAGUCUUCACUGAGGCGGAUUCGUCACUACAGUUAUUUCAAAAUCUAUUGCAUGAAUCAUUAAUAUUGUGAACGCCAUGUAUGGUGCCCACGUGACCAACGGAGUUUAGUGAAGUUAUGGUGUUAUAUUGUGAUUUUCAUUACGACAAACAUGUUUUCGGACGUCAAAAGUGAAAUGUUUUGCGCGUCAAAAAGUAUUAAUAUUUUUAAUAUUAUUUUCUCUCCAAAUCUCGUAGUAAGGUGAUUCUAAAGAGUAUGUAUGCUGAACACGAAUCCAGUAAAGGUUUUUUCAUUUUCGUUGAUUUUUAAUAUUUCAUGAGCGAUCAAACUUGAAAUUUGUGUCCGGGGCGAAGUCGUCACCAAACCACCGGGGCGAAGAAACGAGAUAAGAAAUAGCUGAAAGUAUAUGAUACGCUAGAAACGCAUGCCAUGGCCGGCAGUGCAUGGAAACGAAUUCGAUCCCACGACUUCUUCCAUGUCUUGUUAUAGUGAUACACGGAACUUUAGAACCGCAGCAGUAGGCAAAAAUCGAAAUCAGCAGUGGCCGGAUUCCGAUAAUUACAUAUUUAUAUUUUUCUAUUAAAAUAUAAUUAAUAAAAUGUAUCAUAUCAUUCUUCAUGAUCGGACUUAUGUGUUUUCAUUUAAAAUUCAGUCCGAGAAUGAAGUGACGACUCCGCUCUGCAAUUUUGAAAUUUCAAUUUUUGCACCUUUAUCGUUUUUACUCUGUACCGGUGGACCAAAGUGAUGCAGACGAAAAAAGCCCAUAUAAAUUUUGUAGCCAAGAGUUCACUGUUCACAAGUAUACCACAUUUUCCCAACAAUUAUUUAUUUUGUUGUUAAAAAUCGGCACUGAAAAAACAGUGACGACAUCGCCUCGGUCUUCCCUAUAGCUUCAGGACAAUCACUCAAGUUGAAUAGAUAUUUAAUCAUACUGUUUUUAUUUAGUCGUUUAUUUAUUGAUUUAUUGUGGAUACAAUAUUUAUAUGAUGCAAACUUAUAUGUUUUACUUCAUUUAUUCCCAAGAUGUUCAAAUUUAAAGCCGAGUAUUAUUUUAAGUAGGUAGAACAAGCAUUUUUAUGGAUCUGUAUUUUCUGAAAGCUUUGGAGUUUUUACCUUUGUGUGUUUCAUUCUUUUCUGUUAAAAGAGUAUAGUAGUUAUGGACAAACAUGUAUGCACUUGUCACUCAAUCGCGCAAUAGUAAAAAGGCUGAUGUAGAAAAGAAAUACACCCUCUGAUGUUCCGAAUGAAACUAAAGUUUUCUUUGCUAUCUAAAUGCGUCUGCACAAGAACAUUCUUUAUUUCGCACGAUAAAGAAAGAUAGUUUCUAAGAAAUCGAUGUCUCAGUUUAAGACAAUUGACGCAAUUGAGAUAAUUUCAACUCCAAUUUGCUUAUAUCCAUAAAACACCGUAUAUUGACGCCUGCUGUUAAUAAAACAUGACUUCUUCUUUUGUAAAAUAAUUAUUCCUAUAGGGAGGGAGAAAAGCUUAUAAUUUGGUAAUUUUGAGCUUCCACACAAUUUAUGGUAUAAAGUUUUUUUUCAAAAAAGUAAGGAAAUGUAAAAAGUCGCGUCACAUUUCAGUAAUCCGCCGUGCGAGAUGCAUAGAAUUCAAGACUAUUAUCAAAUCAAUGGAAUAGUUCUGAAAGCGCUUGGCCUAUGGCCUUAUCAACAAUCAUAUCUUGCUCUAGUACAGAAAGUGUUGUUUGGCGGUAUACUUUUUACAUACAUUAUUGUCCAGCAUUAUUUUCAGUUAUUAGCGUUUUUUACAACGCAAUUUAGUACAAAUCUUCUUCUCCAAAUCUUGUCAAUUGUAUUUCCUACUCUUUUUGCCACAGUAAAAUAUUGCAUUUUUGUUAUAAAAGCAGAGGAAGUAAAGCAGUUGAUGGAACUGGUUGGCAAUGAUUUAGAUUUAUUAAAAGAUGACUUGGAGAUAGAUAUCGUCAAAAAAUACACUGAUAAUGUAAGAUUUAUGACGAUAAUUGCGAUGGUGUUCUGUCAUUUUGGUACAUCGUGUUAUCUAAUACUACAACUUCUACCGUUGAUACUUGAUGUUAUUGUACCAUUAAAUGCAUCGCGAUCAUUGAACCUUCUCGCAAUCACGGAAUAUUUCGUCAAUCGGGAGAAAUAUGCUUGCGUAAUACUACUCCAUGAACUGCUUACCAUUUAUGUAGGGACAAUAACGCUUUGUAGCACUGGUCUAAUAUUUAUGACGCACCUCCUGCAUGGGUGUGCGCUGUUAAAAGUCGCAUGCCGUCGAAUGAAACACGCAAUUCAAAAGAACUUUUUAGCGAUGCCUAAUCCCGUAAAGGAAUAUCUUCUUUAUGAAAGGAUUGUAGACAUUGUGUUUAUUCACCGUAGAGCCAUACAGUUUCAUGAAACUACGGUAUCUGGUUUUAUGGUAUCGAUCGCCUUCCUGAUUAUAAUUGGCGUCACUUCUUUAAGUCUCAACCUUUUUCACUUGCUGCAACUAAUGACAGUUACGUAUGAUAUCGGUGAAAUAUCUAUAAUAUUUCUGUUGGUAGUUUUCCAUGUUAACUACAUGUUUGUUCUUAAUUAUGGUGGAGAAGAACUCCAGAAUCAUGGGAUGGAACUAUUUCAAGUAACUUAUAAUGGACUGUGGUAUGCAGCACCCUUGCGUACGCAGAAAUUGCUAUUAUUUAUAAUGCAAAAGACAAGAGUAAAAAUGACUUUUGUAUGCGGUGGCAUUUUCGUUGCAUCUUUGGAGGGUUUUGUUACGGUACAAUUAAGAUAUUUUUGUGUAUUAAGAGAGAAAAGUUCAUAUGAAUGUAAUGCACAUUUUAACAUAUGUUUUUUAGCUUGUCAAUACGGCAGUGUCUUAUUUCACUGUAAUCUAUUCUACGCGAUAACAAAUGAAAAAUAAAGCUUUAUUACGAAGUUUUGUUUUAGCAAGUUGACACAAUUGCCUUAUAUGUAUAUGUUGUACAUUUCUUAAAUAUAAUGCAGGAAUAGUUUACGUGCAAUGAUAAUUGCA